GUAUGCUCAACUACCAAGCUAACUUCGCCGAGAUCCUUGAAGAAAUUUAUAAGCCGGUGAACGGUGGAACAGCCUCCGAAGUGGGAACAAUUCGUCGUGUUCAGACGCCCGUGCAGUCAAUGAAAACGGUUUCAGAAUUCGUUGCUGUAAUGGUAGAAAUUAGGGACACAAUAUUACCCGAGUUGGAACUUAUUGAUCGUAGGGUGGUCCAACCAACAAGCGAUUUUAUUACAAUCAUCAAAUUAAUCUCGAAAACUAUCACUAAACGCGAUCAUAAAAGAAUUGAUUACGAUAGACAUAGAGUGAGCGUGAAAAAAAUUCGCGAUAAACGAGAGAAGUCGUUAAGCGACGAGAAAAAUUUAUACAAGUUGGAAGAACAACUUGACACAGCCACAAAAGACUACGAUUACUAUAACGAUCUCUUAAAAAAAGAACUUCCGCAAUUUUUCGAAUAUCGCACCCAAUUCAUUGAACCUAUUUUCGAGGAAUUCUAUCAUAUGCAACUGAAAAUCUAUGGUCUUAUGCUGGAGCGGAUGGACCGAUUAGUGGCAACCGGAUACUUUGAUGUGAAUUCUAAUGUCAUUGAUGGAUUUGAUGAGAGACGUGUUGAUAUUCAGGGGAAGUUGGAAGCAUUAACGCUACUUGGACGACGAGCGAAACUUGAGGAACGACGUAAUAGUAAUAAUAGCGCAGAUACACAGAUUGAACAAUCACGAUCAGCUAAUUCGAAUUCACGACCAACAAGCAGUUCAAAACCAACCAGAAUCAGCACGGAUGCAGUAGACGAGCUAGAAGAAUACAACCACGAAGACGAUAUGCCACCGCCAUACACAGCUUCGCCCACUAAUUUGACAAAUAGUAGUACUAGCAGAGCGGAUGGCGAUUUGACUUUUAGAAAGGAUGAUCGUAUUCAGUUGAUUGAACGGACUGAGGAUAAGAAUGAUUGGUGGACGGGGAAACUUAACGGUGUGGUUGGCGUGUUUCCAGGAAAUUAUGUUGAAGAACUUUGA